GUAUGGCGAUCUACGAUUUGGCGCGUUGUUGUCUUAGGGUUUAGGUCAUGGCGUCGAAGCAGAUCUUGAAGGAGCUCAAGGAUCUCCAGAAAGAUCCUCCAACCUCUUGCAGUGCAGGUUCAAUUCAAUUUCAAUCUCUCUUUUAUGUUCCAUUUUGCGUUUCUGCCUGCUGGAUUCAUUGCUCUGUUUUUUUUUUUCCUCUGUCUCUCUCUUUCUUUCAAGUAGGAGAUGAAUCAUACGAAUCAUACUGUGCUGAAAGAGAUGGAAUUCUCUCAUCUUUGGCAAGGCGUGCAAAGAUGUUGGAAGAUGCAUUCAACAAUUUAGAGGGUGUGACAUGCAAUGAUGCAAGAAGGCAGAGGGAGCGAUGUAUGUCUUCCCCCGUAUUCACCUGCCUGAGAAGGCUAUCAAAGCUGCUGAAGCAGUAAAAACAGUUCCAGAUGCAUUCUAUUGUCGCCGUCUCCUUAAUGCCACUGGAAUUGUUGUUGUUCCUGGUUCUGGCUUUGGGCAGGUUCCAGGCACAUGGCAUUUUAGGUGCACAAUUCUCCCUCAAGAGGACAAGAUUCCAGCGGUGAUAAAUCGACUUACAGAUUUCCAUAAGAGUUUUAUGGAUGAAUACCGUGACUGAGUUAGCCUUUGAGAAGUGUUUAGAAUAAGGUUUAGCCAUUUUGUUCCCCCAUUUGUGGGAGAUAGAUAGAUGAGCAUCAACGUAUGUUAAAUAAAUUUUUUUCCUCUUUUGCUUUGCAAGGAAUGAAUGGAGUGGCCUCUGUUUUUUCGAAUACAACUUUCCAUCUACAAACAACAAGAUCAUGGGAUUUCUUAGGUUCUAGGGCCCCAUCUGGUGAAGCUUCAUGGCUUCUAAACGGAUUUUGAAGGAACUCAAGGAUUUGCAGAAGAUGGCGAUUGUUGAUGCUGGAGAGGGGGAGAGCAAGUGGCGUGAAUUAGACAUAUUGAGGAGUUUCCACCUAAUUCUUUGGAAGAGGAAACUGAAGGAAGUAAAUGGAUUUUAUCAAAAUUGAAAAAAGAAACUGAGAAAAAGGGAAUUAAUAGAAGCAAGGGAUUCCACAGCUUCAGCACAAGGAUAGUUAAUAGGGGAAACACAACCCUCUCACAGUUGCUACAAUGAUCUCAUUGUCACACGGUGGGUUUAUAAACACCAUAAUAAACUCUUCUUUUGCUAAAGUUUUUAUUUAUGUUGCCUGCAAAUAGCUAUGGGAGCUUGAAUAGUUAUGAAUUUGUUGAUCAUUUAUAUUUUUUAAUAUAUUUGUGAGAUUUGU